UUACCACACUGCUCACCUGUGAAGCAAUCUUCCCGCGAGAGCUGAGUAUCCGACCAGGGGCUGCCUAUAAAUGUUGGACACACACAGUGCUGUCAAACCCCUUUGUGUGGCUUCUUGGCAGGGCAGCCUGUGGGAGGGGAGCUCUGCAGCCUUUUCUUCUCAGCACCCGAACCCUUGCCCGCCCCCCUCUGCAGACAGAGUGGCAGAAAGAUGGCGGACGAGCUGUCACAGUUGGAGUGCAACAUUGAGACCAUCAUCAACAUCUUCCACCAGUAUUCUGUGCGGCUGGGGCACCCGGACAAGCUCAACCAGAGAGAACUAAAACAGAUGGUGAAAAAAGAGCUGCCAAACUUUCUCAAGAAGCAGAAGAAGAAUGACCAUGCCAUAAACAAGAUAAUGGAGGACCUGGACACAAAUGGAGACAAGGAGCUGAACUUCGAGGAGUUCUCCAUGCUGGUGGCCAGGCUGACGGUAGCCUCCCAUGAGGAGAUGCACAAGAACGCCCCGGAAGGAGAAGGCCACAGCCAUGGGCCAGGCUUUGGGGAGGGUACCCAGGGCCACUGCCAUAGCCAUGGUGGCCACGGCCACAGCCAUGGUGGCCAUGGCCACAGCCACUAAUCAGGAGGCCAGGACACCCUUCCCCCACCGACCUAGGGCCACAGGGUGGCAAAGCCAAACUGCCUUAGCUGGGGGGCUGGGAACAGGGAGCAAAAUAAAGUCUUCCAUCAAGUCAGA